GGAGGGCAAGGAGCUGCCGAUGGAGUCUGUCUGUAGUACUGCAGAGGAACCAAAGCUCAGACAUGUAGAAAAGGAUAUUUUGAUUCCAAAAAUAAUGAAAGACAAAGCCAAGGAGCUGUGUUCUGAACAAGUGAAAGACUUUACCAAAUGUUGCAAAGACACAGGUUUUCUUAUGGUGAUAAAAUGCCAAAAGGAAAACAAACUGCUGAAAGAAUGUCUCACUGGCUACUAUCGUGAUCCAGCAUUUUAUGAAGAAUGCAAGGCUGAAUAUUUGAAAACCAGGGAAGAACACAGGGCAGCACAAGGUGUUCCUCAUCAGAAACAUUCUACUAGCACCUAAGCAAGUUGUAUGGCUGACAUUUAAAACUUGAACUUAUGUAAGCACACCAACUUUUCUGAUUUCUUUAGUCUAAAUCUCUCAAAAUAAAUGAAACUAAAAUACAGAAAUCCUGAAGAACAUGCCUAUGCUAAUCAAAUCUGGCUAUUCAAUUUAGUAAAUCAGAAUUAAUUCCUCAGUUCAUUUAAACAUGCAGCACAUUCAAUCACUGUAUAUACCUAUUUUUCAGGACACCGCAAAAUAAAUCUACAUCUUUUGUUCUUAUUUAUUUGGACAAUAUAAAUUUUACAAUAUUUAAAAUAUGAUAGAAUGGAGUUCUUUGGAAAGGGAAGAUUGUGUGCUGAUUCCAAUAGUUCUUUUUUAAUGUUAAUGGCAUUCCACUUUUGAUUCUAUCACAGGUGAAAUAUUUGGUUGCACGUGAUUAAUAACAGAGCAGAGGUCCUUUGCAAGAUUUCUUCACUUUCUAACUACCUAUUAGGGUUUGAUUUGUCAUGUGAAUGUCCUCCAAAGAAUGAUAUAUCUGAACUGAAUGAGUAUCUUUUAGAGAAAUUCCACACAAAAUUUUAAAAGUAGAAUUGCUUGAGAAGAGUUCCUACAGAUUGCCACCUGAUGAAUGUUAGAUACAUGAAAAUAUAAUCCUCAUUUUGAAGUCCCAACCCAUCUAAUAAUCACUGAAUUUAAGAAGGCCGUUGGAAAGCUUUUAGGAAGGGAAAUGAAUGGUUCAAAAAACAAUAGAAUGCAGAUAGUUGUUGACUUAUAAGUUAGUUUAGUGACUGUUCAAAGUUAUAACAGCCCUGAAAAGUGACUUAUGACUGUUUUUUAC